AUGUUCAUAAUGCUGACCGUCAGCACGGAGAACGAAUCGUCCAACCUCAGAAAGAUCCUCUACCCCACUUAUUCCCGGGAACCUUAUGAAUUGGAGAAGUGGAGUUUCUACAGUGGGAUGGAUGUCCCCCAAAAGGGGUCCGGCUACGGCCUUUGGGCUCCCAUUUCUCGAUACUCGGACUUGUUUGACCGUAAUCUGAGAUCCGUCAAAUACGGUGAGUGUGGAGAAUAAUGGCUCAUUAGUCAGUCCAUUAGUCCUUGAAAGGUCACUUUGUCUUGGCAACCGUUCCUUUGACACGAAAAUCUACCUUCUUUUUCAGUGGUAGAUGGCAAAUUGGACGGCGAAGUCUCACAGGUGGAGUCAGGUCCCCAGUUCGUCCCGUUCUACUCAGGUCGAGGUCGUUAG